CCCAUCACCACCACCACCACGACCGAAACACCAACCCCAACACCCACCACCACGGUGACUCCAACCACAACUCCCACCACCACCACCACCUCAACAGAGACCCCAACACCAACCCCCACCACCACAGUGACUACCACCCCCACCACCUCACCAACCACCCCCCCUCCGGAACCAACCACAAUGACGACCACUACUACGACACCCACAACUCCACCAAAAUCCAGCACGACUGUGACCACCAGCACGCCUCCGUCAAAAUCAACCCCCAUAGUGUCAACACAAACUACGUGUUUGGAGGACUGCAGAUGGUCGGAGUGGCUGGAUUCUGGGAAACCGAACACUAGCAUACCAGGUGGAGAUUUUGAGCCCAUUGGGAACACCUGCGAUCCGGGAUGGGCAGCCAACAUCUCCUGCAGAGCUCCUAUGUAUCCAAAUACUCCCAUUGAAGAACUUGGACAGGUUGUGGAGUGCGACCUCUCCAAUGGGCUGGUGUGCAAAAACGAAAACCAGAAGCCAGGGGGACCCAUCCCCAUGCCCUUCUGCAUCAACUAUCAGAUCAAAGUCUACUGCUGUGGGUACUGUACCCCCUCUGAAAGCACCCCCACUACAACUACGACCAUCAGCACCACAGUGACUCGGACCACAACUCCCACCAUCACUUCAACAGAGACACCAACUCCAGGCCCCACCACCACCACCACCACCACCACCGAGACACCAACUCCAACUCCCACCACCACGGCGACACCACCCACAACUCCCACCACCACCUCAACAGAGACACCAACUCCAGGCCCCACCACCACCACCACCACCACCACCGAGACACCAACUCCAACACCUACCAGCACAAUGACCCCAUCGACAAUACCCACCACCACCUCAACAGAGACACCAGCCCCACCCGCCUCCACCACCACUGAGACUCCAAAAACAACCAGCACAGUGAUCCCACCCACAACACCCACCACCACCUCAACAGAGACACCAACUCCAGGCCCCACCACCACCACCACCACCACCACUGAGACACCAACCACCACUGAGACACCAACUCCAACAACCACCAGCACAGUGACCCCACCCACAACACCCACCACCACCUCAACAGAGACACCAGCCCCACCCCCCUCCACCACCACUGAGACUCCAAAAACAACCAGCACAGUGAUCCCACCCACAACACCCACCACCACCUCAACAGAGACACCAACUCCAGGCCCCACCACCACCACCACCACCACCACUGAGACACCAACCACCACUGAGACACCAACUCCAACAACCACCAGCACAGUGACCCCACCCACAACACCCACCACCACCUCAACAGAGACACCAGCCCCACCCCCCUCCACCACCACUGAGACUCCAAAAACCACCAGCACAGUGAUCCCACCCACAACACCCACCACCACCUCAACAGAGACACCAACUCCAGGCCCCACCACCACCACCACCACCACCACUGAGACACCAACCACCACUGAGACACCAACUCCAACAACCACCAGCACAGUGACCCCACCCACAACACCCACCACCACCUCAACAGAGACCACCACUGAGACACCAACUCCAACAACCACCAGCACAGUGACCCCACCCACAACACCCACCACCACCUCAACAGAGACACCAACUCCAGGCCCCACCACCACCACCACCACCACCACUGAGACACCAAAGCCAACAACCACAAGCACAGUGACCCCACCCACAACACCCACCACCACCUCAACAGAGACACCAGCCCCACCCACCACCACUGAGACACCAACUCCAACAACCACCAGCACAGUGACCCCACCCACAACACCCACCACCACCUCAACAGAGACUCCAAAAACCACCAGCACAGUGAUCCCACCCACAACUCCCACCACCACUUCAACAGAGACACCAACUCCAGGCCCCACCACCACCACCACCACCACCACCGAGACACCAACUCCAACUCCCACCACCACGGCGACACCACCCACAACUCCCACCACCACCUCAACAGAGACACCAACUCCAGGCCCCACCACCACCACCACCACCACCACCGAGACACCAACUCCAACACCUACCAGCACAAUGACCCCAUCGACAAUACCCACCACCACCUCAACAGAGACACCAGCCCCACCCGCCUCCACCACCACUGAGACUCCAAAAACAACCAGCACAACCACCACUGAGACACCAACUCCAACAACCACCAGCACAGUGACCCCACCCACAACACCCACCACCACCUCAACAGAGACCACCACCACCACCACCACCGAGACACCAACUCCAACACCUACCAGCACAAUGACCCCAUCGACAAUACCCACCACCACCUCAACAGAGACACCAACCACCACCACCACCACCACCACCACUGAGACACCAACUCCAACAACCACCAGCACAGUGACCCCACCCACAACACCCACCACCACCUCAACAGAGACACCAGCCCCACCCCCCUCCACCACCACUGAGACUCCAAAAACCACCAGCACAGUGAUCCCACCCACAACACCCACCACCACCUCAACAGAGACACCAACUCCAGGCCCCACCACCACCACCACCACCACCACUGAGACACCAACCACCACCACCACCACUGAGACACCAACUCCAACAACCACCAGCACAGUGACCCCACCCACAACACCCACCACCACCUCAACAGAGACACCAGCCCCACCCCCCUCCACCACCACUGAGACUCCAAAAACCACCAGCACAGUGAUCCCACCCACAACACCCACCACCACCUCAACAGAGACACCAACUCCAGGCCCCACCACCACCACCACCACCACCACUGAGACACCAACCACCACUGAGACACCAACUCCAACAACCACCAGCACAGUGACCCCACCCACAACACCCACCACCACCUCAACAGAGACACCAGCCCCACCCCCCUCCACCACCACUGAGACUCCAAAAACCACCAGCACAGUGAUCCCACCCACAACACCCACCACCACCUCAACAGAGACACCAACUCCAGGCCCCACCACCACCACCACCACCACCACUGAGACACCAACCACCACUGAGACACCAACUCCAACAACCACCAGCACAGUGACCCCACCCACAACACCCACCACCACCUCAACAGAGACACCAGCCCCACCCCCCUCCACCACCACUGAGACUCCAAAAACCACCAGCACAGUGAUCCCACCCACAACACCCACCACCACCUCAACAGAGACACCAACUCCAGGCCCCACCACCACCACCACCACCAUUGAGACACCAAAGCCAACAACCACCACCAUCUCAACAGAGACGCCAACCACCACUGAGACACCAACUCCAACAACCACCAGCACAGUGACCCCACCCACAACACCCACCACCACCUCAACAGAGACCACCACUGAGACACCAACUCCAACAACCACCAGCACAGUGACCCCACCCACAACACCCACCACCACCUCAACAGAGACACCAGCCCCACCCGCCUCCACCACCACUGAGACACCAACCACAACCCCCUACACUACCACGCCCCCCACCACCACAGAGACCCCAAUACCGCCAUCAAGCACCACCACCAGCACGGAGACCCCAGUCCCUACAAGCACAGUACCUGUCUACCUCCCCUUCUUCCACGGAAUCAACCACACUUCUGACCACCCCUCCGACUACCACGAAGACAACCAGCCCGCCUUCACCACCCACGGAAACGAAGCCCACGGUCACUACCCCGGGAAGAAGCACCCCUGGUGGCACCACUACAGCACCGUGAAAAGCACCCCCAUCGAAAUUUGCUGCUUUCUGAAUGACACGUUCUAUGACCCAGGCGAGUUGGUGUACAACGGCACUCACGGAGACACCUGCUACUACGUGAACUGCUCGCUGAGCUGCCAGCUGGAGUUCUUCAACUGGUCCUGCCCGUCCACGCCCCCCUCCACACCCACACCCUCCAAGACGACACCCUCGUCAACACCCCGCCCACCCACGCCCACAACCACGCCGACCACCACCAAAACCCCUGGCUGCCCCAACUUCGACCCUCCCAGACAGGAGAAUGAGACUUGGUGGCUGUGUAACUGCACCCAGGCCAUCUGCAAACAUGACAACACCGUGGAGAUCGUGCAGGUGGAGUGCAAGCCCCCGCCCAUGCCCACCUGCUCCAACAACCUCACGCCGGUGCGCGUCAUGGACCCCGACGGCUGCUGCUGGCACUGGGAGUGUGACUGCUACUGCACUGGCUGGGGUGACCCCCACUACGUCACCUUCGACGGGCUGUACUACAGCUACCAGGGCAACUGCACCUACGUCCUGGUGGAGCAGAUCACGCCCAUCGUGGACAACUUCGGGGUCUACAUCGACAACUACCACUGCGACGUCAACGACAAGGUGUCUUGCCCCCGCACGCUCAUAGUGCGCCACGAGACCCAGGAGGUGCUGGUCAAGACCGUGCAGAUGGCACCCAUGAAGGUGCAGGUGCUGAUCAACAAGCAGGCCGUGGCACUGCCCUACAAGAAAUACGGGCUGCAGGUGUACGAGUCGGGCAUCAACUACAUCGUGGACAUCCCCCGGCUGGGCGCCCUGGUCUCCUACAAUGGCCUGUCCUUCUCCAUCAAGCUGCCCUAUAGCCUGUUUGGCAACAACACCAAGGGCCAGUGCGGCACCUGCACCAACAACACCGCGGACGACUGCAUGCUGCCCAGCGGGGAGGUCAUCGCUGACUGCGAGGUCGCAGCUGACCAGUGGGUGGUGAAUGACCCCUCCAAGCCACACUGUCCCCACACCAGCUUCACCACCCGGCGCCCGGCCACCACGCCCUCGGGGGGCAGCGGCACCGGCCCACACAAGAACUGCUCGUCUCCUCUCUGCGAGCUCAUCAAGGACAGCCUGUUUGCCCAGUGCCAUGCCCUGGCUCCCCCCGAGCACUACUACGAGGCCUGUGUGUUCGACACCUGCACCAUGCCCGACUCGGGCAUGGAGUGCAUCAGCCUGCAGACCUACGCGGCCCUCUGUGCCCACGAGGGCGUCUGCAUCGACUGGCGGAACCACACCCAUGGGGCCUGCCCGGUCCACUGCCCACCUCACAAGGAGUACCAGCCCUGUGGUCCUGCCAAGGAGCCCACCUGCAAGUCCAGCUCCACAGACAACAGCACCCUGCUGGUGGAAGGCUGCUUCUGCCCCGAGGGCACCAUGAGCUACGCCCCCGGCUUUGACGUCUGCGUGGACGUGUGUGGCUGUGUGGGACCUGACAAUGUGCCCAGAGAGUAUGGGGAGCACUUCGAGUUCGACUGCAAGGACUGCAUCUGCCUGGAGGGCGGGAGCGGCAUCGUCUGCCAACCCAAGAAAUGCACCCAGAAGCCGCCCGUCCAGUGCAAAGAGGAUGGCACGUACUUGGUCACGGAGGUCAACCCUGCCGACACCUGCUGCAACAUCACCUCCUGCAAGUGCAAUGCCAGCCUGUGCAAGGAGCAGCCCCCCGACUGUCCUAUGGGCUUCGACCUGAAGAGCGAGAUGAAGCCCGGGAGGUGCUGCCCCUUCUACUCCUGUGUGCCCAAGGGCGUGUGUGUUGUUGGGAACGCUGAGUACCAGCCCGGCUCCCCAGUGUACUCCUCCGGGUGCGAGACAUGCGUCUGCACCAACGUCACGGACGGCGCCACGCAGCUCAACCAGGUGUCCUGCAGCCACGUGCCCUGCAACACCACCUGUAACCCUGGCUUCGGGCUGGUGACUGUCCCGGGUGAGUGUUGCCCGAAGUGUGAGCAGACCGACUGCAUCAUCAGCAGACCUGAUGGCCUCCACCUCAUCCUGAAGCCCGGGGACAUAAAGAGCGACCCCAAGAACAACUGCACCUUCUUUAGCUGCGUGAAGAUCCACAAUCAGCUCAUCUCGUCCGUCUCCAACAUCACCUGCCCCGACUUCGACCCCAGCUCCUGCCUCCCGGGCUCCAUCACCUACAUGCCCAACGGCUGCUGCAAGAAAUGCAUCCCUCGCAAUGAGACCAGGAUCCCCUGCUCCACCAUGUCCGAAACCAGGGAGAUUUCAGAAGGCGGCUGCGCUGCGAAGGUCACCAUGAAUUACUGCUCCGGAUCCUGUGGGACCUUCGCCAUGUACUCGGCUGAGGCGCAGGCCCUGGACCACAAGUGCUCCUGCUGCAAGGAGGAGAGCACCAGCCGGCGGGAGGUGCAGCUGCUCUGCCCCGACGGCAGCUCCCGGAAACACACCUACACCCACAUCGAGAGCUGCUUGUGCCAGGACACCCUGUGCGAGCUCCCGCAGGCCCAGCGCAGGGCCCCCGGCCGCGCCCGCCGCUCUGGGCUCCCGGCCCUGCACCCGAGCAGGGGCUGA